GUUUGGUCAGUAUUUUGUCUAUCCCUGAUCCUCUCAUCAUACGCUAAACGCUGAAUACGCACAUACACCAUCGCACACCUUGUUAUUGAUAAAUGACCGACGUUGUUAUUGAAUCCGUGAAGUGGGUGUCAGGUGGUUCCAACCCAUCACUCUCCAUUGGAUGUCCCUCCCGUGUCUCUGGGUGACUGAUUAUCUGUCUGUACGCCUACACGUCCCAAGGGCUGCCAUCUCCGUGGGUGAGGGAGGACCUUUCAAUGUUCUGGACCAGUAGCAAAGACCCUCUCCACCGCUCAUCAUUCCGCCUCCGCCUCAUGGGCCGUCCCCACCACUCCCACCACCUCCAGUCCUACCCGAUUUGCUCCUCGCGGGGUUCAAGCGGCGGCGCUGAGAGCAUCCAACCUCCGCCUCUCGGAAACCGCCCCAGCCCGCCCGUUUGACGGCUACCAUCGGUCGUCCUCAGACGAUGGUGGACCCCAUUUUCGAUUACCAAUUCCGGCUGAUCCUGAUCGGCGAUAGCACGGUGGGCAAGAGCUCCUUAUUGCGCUAUUUCACGGAUGGGUCGUUCGCCGAGGUCUCGGAUCCCACGGUGGGCGUGGACUUCUUCGCCCGCCUCAUUCAAGUCCAUGACGGCACCAACAUCAAGCUACAGCUCUGGGACACGGCCGGACAAGAAAGAUUCAGGUCGAUCACUAAAUCCUAUUAUCGCAACUCUGUUGGUGCCUUACUCGUGUACGACAUUUGCAAUCGCGACAGCUUUCAACAUAUCCCAGUAUGGCUGAUGGAAGCUCGCCGACACAUCGAACCCUAUCGUGCUGUGUUCAUACUCGUGGGUUGUAAGCUGGACUUGGUGCACGAGAAUCGAAACAAUCGCGAAGUCACUACCGAAGAGGCGAGACGAUUCGCCGAAAUGCACAAAAUCGGAUUCGUCGAGACCUCGGCCAAGACAGGUCACAACGUCGAGGACGCCUUUAAUGGUGUGGCCCAAGAGAUUUACGACAAAAUUAGAUCAGGCGAAUACUCCCUGGAGGAUGGGUGGGACGGAAUCAAAAAGGGCUAUUUUGGUCUUCAACCCGGUGGUCGAUCGGUUCGAACAUCUAGUGUAAUCGGGGGCAGGAUGUCUAUAGCCGAGGGUGAACCCGCACACGACCAUUGCUGUUGAUCGAGGCGGAACCAGUAGUUUCCUCUCAAUUUCAUAUAAGAGAAAACGCACUGAAAUGAUGUGAACAUUGGGCGUCAGUCAGACGAAUAUUUUAGUAGUUUCGACUAUGGCUAGUUGGGCGCCCAUUUGCCCCCUGUGAUAUCACCUUUCCAGCAACGAUGUGGAACUCUAGCUGCAUGCAGUUAAAACUAAUCAUCUUUAUCUAUGCAAUUGUAUUCCAUAUUCGAUUCGAGUCGAUCCCGGUUGCGCUAAUGAGUGUGGUAUUUAUACUAAAGAUCUUGAUAAUGAACGAACAACGCACCCUCAUUUUGAAUUAAUAAGAAAAUAUGUGUUCUUAUUUAACAUAAUAACAAUUUGACGUUAAAAAACAUAUGCAAAUAGAAA